AAACAAAUGCGACGAGAGAGAGGAAGAGAGAGAAGACAGCCGGGUUGGUUUUAGAGUUUGAGCUGACGGCGGACGUGCUCGCCUCUCCUCCGGCUCUCCCUCUCCUUGUUCCACCGCAUUAGGCAUUACCGGUAUUUUUGGCCGCGGCAGGAGAGAGAUAGCGUAGAGAGAGUGGGAACCAGAGCUCCCGACCAUUCCUCUCUACUAACGGGCGGGCUUCGUCUGUUCCGUCCAUUGACCGCCGGUCGCCUCCCGGCCAGAUCCCUCUCCUGCAAGGUUUCUUUGCGAAGGUCGGAGAAGAUGAUGGGCGGGUUCGUCUCCAGGGUCCUCCUGUUGGUCUUUGGCUAUGCCUAUCCUGCCUAUGAAUGCUACAAGACUGUUGAACUGAACAAACCGGAGAUUGAGCAGCUCAUAUUUUGGUGUCAGUAUUGGAUUUUAGUUGCCCUGUUGACGGUUUUGGAGAGAUUUGGAGAUUUUACAAUAUCAUGGCUUCCAUUUUACUCGGAAGCAAAGCUGAUGUUUUUUAUAUACUUGUGGUACCCUAAGACAAAGGGAACUACGUAUAUUUAUGGAACUUUCUUUAAGCCAUAUAUUUCACAGCAUGAGAAUGAAAUCGACCGUAAUCUGCUUGAGUUGAGAGCUCGAGCCUCCGAUACGGUUGUCCUUUAUUUCCAGAAGGCUGCUUCCGUAGGACAGAAUACUUUCUUUGAUGUUUUGAAAUAUGUUGCAACCCAGUCACAAUCUCAGAAAUCAAGGCAGCGCCCUCAUCAGGAACCACAGCAACCACAACAGCAGCAACCACAGUUUCAGCAGCAGCAGCAACAACAACAAACACAAAAACAAGCACCACCUGUUAUGCGCAGAGCAGCAUCUAUCGCUGCUCGGCAAGCAGCAAUGGCACAGCAAUCUCAGGAGAUCAAAACCGUUCCAUCUUCCCCCAAGAUCAAGCGUCAAGCAUCAGCAAAAGCUGGUUCAGUGGCAUCCACAAAGUCCGCUACAGUUACAUCCGCAGCAAAACCUGAUGAGAGCACAAAGAAAAGUGAGGUGAAACCUGCUGUCGAGCAGGUGCAAACUCCAGCCACAAAUGCUGAAUCACCUAAAUCUGAGCCUAGCGCUCCACCACUCCCUGAAGCCGAAGGAGUGGACAAGAUGGCCGUUGAUGAGGUCAAUGACACAGCAGAGGGCACAGAAGAGCUUGAUCCUGCAGUAGAAGUGGAGGAGACACUGAUGGAGGAGACACCGAUGGAGGAGACAAUCCGUGUGACAUGCGCCAAGCUAAGGAGGCGCACUGCCGCUGAGGAUCCUGCUGGAAAUUAGCUGCAAGUCAUUCUUUUUCUUGGACAUUGUGAUGAUCCUUUUUGAGUUUUAGUUUGUCCUGUUGUUUGGUGGAGUGGAGAGAAGUGUUGUUCUACUUGGUUAUUCUGUUCCAGAAUUAUCUUCAUUUCUGUGCUUUUUUGGUGGGUUUUCUUGUUCUUUAAGUUGUAAAUAACACUUUCCUUUGGCAUGUGUAUAUAGAGAUUGGUGGCAUGGGCAAUGAAUGUCUGUAUCUUGCAACAUUAGGCAUUUCAAUCCGGUCGUUCCCUGAGUACCAUUU